UUCGAUAAAAGUCUGUAAAGAGAGUUGAAUCUGGCAUUCAGAGUUUCAACGUGAAGUGGAAAGAUGGAGAAAAUUGUGUGUUUAUUGUUAAUUGCGCUUUACGGUUGCAGCGCGGCUCCUGCUGAACUAGAAAUCAGGGAGACUCCGACGUUAGAUAACGUUACAACUGUAGCCAUACAUCUUGUUGCUAAUGAUGGACAAUUCCCAUUCAUGGUUUCUAUUCAACAAAGAUUUGAACCCGGUCAGCUAGGGCACACAUGUGGAGGAACUCUGAUUAGUCUGCAGCAUGUUUUGACAGCUGCUAGCUGUCUCUAUCAGACUACCUCUGGGAGUCCCGUUCUGAUAAACCCGCAGUUCUACAGAGUAUUUGGCGGUCAUCGUUCUCUUGGUAAUAAUAUGAAUGACCCAGACCGCGUCCGAAUGAUCGAAAACUUCACCAUCCACCCAGAUUUCGUUGGAAACAAUCAACACCUCAAUGAUAUUGCUAUUAUAACUUUGGAUUCACCUUUCGUCGCCGGCCAAUAUCUUCAACCUUUACCUCUGCCCGAGCAAGAUGAACAGCCUAGCGAACAAGAGGGCGACUGCACAAUUUGCGGCUGGGGAAAGAAAACUGCAGAUACUUCCCUUAUGCAAAAUUCUCUCACGUACGCACCAAAAACUGUUUUAAAUCAAACGGAAUGCAUAGCCGAGUAUUAUACAAAGUUUAAUAUCCCUACUGCUGUGGACGAAAAUAUGGUAUGCGCUGCUUCGACAAGGUCCCUCACAUAUGGAUGCCCUGGUGACGAAGGCGGUCCUUUAGUAUGCAACAAGCGCCUGGCUGGUGUUCUGUUUACCAGCGUGAGAUGUGGCAUCAGCACGGACCCCUUGUUGUACACUCGCGUCUCUCCUUACGCUAACUGGGCUAAAGGCGUCGUCGGGGAACCGUUGUCUACGUCAUCAUCGGCUACCUUCCAACCUGGCGUCGCUUUGGUAUUCAUGCUAGCUGUCAAACAAUUUGUGGCCACGUUCAGUUUUUAAGGAUUUCUUCAUAAACAUUAAUUAUGGGUAUACGAAUUGUGAAUAUUGUAAAUUUGAAUCAGUGCAGCGAUUUUCUGAUUGACAAUGUGAUGUAAAACGCUGUGUGCAAUAGUAAUAAAAAGUUCUAUGGCAUAUAACUAAAAUCAAAGAAAAGAGUAAAACUAAUCGACCCUCAUAGAAAGUUAAUGCACAUACUAGAAAGUAGCGACCUCCUACAACUUCACCCGAUUAGGACUAUAUUUAAACACCUGUAUAUAAAGAUACUCAUAUUACAAUAACUUUAUACCCGUAAAUUAACCUCUGUAUUUAUUUAAAAUGCCUGAAAUAAGUAUGUUUUAUUUUUAAUUUAGAACAUGAAUGAACUUAAGGAUUCAAAAUUUUGAAAAUGAUAAAUGUCCAUUUCUUCAACCGCAUUUUUAAAUUUACUUUAACAGACUCUUAAUAUUGUCUUCGUUUUAAAAUAUACCUAACUACUUAUUUCCUGAUCCUUGAAAAUUAAGCAAAAACUGAAAGCUAGGAAUUAAUGAGCCAGGCUGGUUUUAUAAAUACAAGAACAUUUAUUUAAGCAUA